AUGUCAUUCAUAGUGAAUAUCGUCAAUAAACAAAGUACAUCUUACCCUCAUCAUUCACAAGUUGUGAACAAGUUCGGUCGUCAUCACGCGGAUUACGAUGACUACCCUUCGGUCCGAGCCGCGGCCAGUGGUGCAAAUCAUCAACCAACAAGACCUGUAGAUAAAGACAAGACCGAGUCGGAGCUCACAGUCAAUAUCAAGAAGGCUACCAGUCCUGAGGAGACCGCUCCAAAGCAGAAACAUGUUAGAAAAGCACAUGCUCAGACCGGCUGGUUGGAGACCUGUGGACGUACGGUCGGAGACGGUGGGAAAGGAUAUGGAGGGUUGAUCAAGGCGUACACUUCGUUCCUCUUAUCCAAGCUUAGAUUUCAUCGUCACCAUCCCGAGUUUAACGGUCUUUUCGAAUAUGAAGAAUAUAUCAGUUUGAAGAACAUUGAUGAUCCUAACGAGGGCUACGAGACUAUUACCGACCUCAUGACACUUCAAGAUCAGAUAGAAUCUUUCCAAAAACUCAUCUUUACUCAUUUCCGCGGAUCGGCAAAUAACGAAUGUCGAAUAUCUGCGCUUGUACCCCUUGUCAAGGAAAGUUUCGGUAUUUACAAGUUUAUCACCAGUAUGCUUCGUGCAAUGCAUAGACAAACCCCCCGAGCGACUUCUCCCGUCGCCACGCAAGGCGAAAUCGACGAGCAACGUCGAAUGUUGGAGGAAUAUGAACGAAAACAAUCAGCACUCGUUGCUCAAAGAGAAUCGGAGCAAAAACGGCAAGAAGACGACAAGCGUCGACAGGAAGCCGAGUAUGCCGAGCAACAACGUCUCCAGCAGGAACGAGAACGACAAGCUCAGGAACAGCUACUCAGAGAACAAAUGAACCAACAGUACAACCAGCAACAGCAAGGCCAAUUCGGUCAGCUUCAACAGGAGAUGCUGGCCAUGCGAGGCCAAUACGAGCGAGAUCAGAUGUUAUUGGAGCAAUACGAUCGUCGUGUCAAGUCAUUGGAGAGUGAACUGGGUCUGAUUGGCGCUAAUGUCGGUGCUCAAAUGUCUGCUAAGGACGAGCUCAUCGCCCAACUGCAGAAGCAAAUAGAAAUCUGGAAAAACAAAUAUGAAGCCCUCGCCAAACUUUACUCACAGCUUCGUGGCGAGCAUCUCGACCUUCUCAAUAAAUCCAAAGGUUUCCAACUCAAGGCUAAUUCGGCUCAAGAAGCGGUCGACAAGAUGGAACGCAUGGAAAGGGACGUGAAAACCAAGAACCUUGAGCUUGCUGACAUGAUCAGGGAAAGGGAUAGAGCAAGAUACGAUUUGGAUCGAUUGAAAGCGACUCACAGGGAAGAGAUUGAUCGACUCAAGCGUGACCUCUCGUUUGCCAAUGAAAGAGCCGAGGACGCUUCCCGUCACAAGAGCACUGAAGUCUCCGGUGUGAUGGCCAAGUAUAAUCGUCAAUUGACCGAACUUGAGGACUCCUUGAGAGCGAAACAAAUGCAAAUCGACGAACUCCUCCACAAACUCGACGCCAAAGAGGGUGAAAUAUCUCGUGUCAUUGAAGAAAAGGAACAAGAGCUCCUUAUCAUGCAAGAGGGUAUGGAUUCUACACUCAAGGAGCUCAGUGAUCUUCGAACUAAAGUCGACGAUGCGAUUUACGAGCUCGAGGCUCCCAUGCAAACCGGUAAUACCACCGCCACCCCAGAAUAUACCUUGUCAAUGAUCGAAAAGGCAAUGACCAAUGCCACCGAGUUUGCCUCGACAUUCAAUCUUUACCUUGGCAGGAAGAGUGGUGGAGGACACGUUGAUGUCAUCAAAGCCGCUAAUGAGCUCGCUCAAGCCAUGUCAGAGACUCUCGUCAGUUCCAAGGGUAUCACACGAUUUGCUGAAACCGACGAAUCAUCCGACAAAUUGGUAAAAGUCGCCAAGGAAGCCGGAGAUGCUGGUUAUCGAUUCUUCCUCAACUUACAGUCAUUCCGACUUCUUGCUGGUGGCAAAAACGAGGAAGCAGCGCUUCGAAACAAUGCCGAGACUCGAAGUGCUUUGUCCAAACUUUCUGACACGGUCGAGAAAUUCGUUCCCAAAGCUAAAGCGUCUACUCUUUCCCGAGCUAACGGCGAUAUUGGCGACAUUGUAUCCCAAGAGAUGCAAAACGCGGCCAACGCUAUCGAGCAGGCUACCCAACGUCUACAAGCGCUUAUCGCAAGACCUAAAGGAUCAAAGUACACCUCACUCGAUGUACAAGUUCAUGACGCAAUCCUUGAAGCUACCCUGGCUAUAACCAACGCUAUCGGUCGACUCAUUCAGGCCGCAACUGAAAGUCAAGAAGAAAUCGUUCGGGAAGGCAAAGGAUCUAGCACUACUCAACAAUUUUACAAGCGUAACAACCGAUGGACGGAAGGUUUGAUUUCCGCUGCCAAGGCCGUCGCUUACGCUACCGGACUUCUCAUCGAAAGUGCCGAUGGUGUGAUCUCUGGCACUCAUUCCCUAGAACAGUUGAUCGUGGCUUCCAACGAGGUUUCCGCAGCGACAGCUCAACUAGUAGCCGCUUCUCGAGUCAAGGCUUCACUCAUGUCAAAGACACAACAGCUCCUCGAAUUGGCUGCCAAAGCGGUCACUGAUGCUUGCAAAGCACUCGUCAAACAAGUCAAACUAAUCUCCAACAAGCAUACCGAUGAUGAAGCAGUGGACUACAAAGCUAUGCCUUCGCACGAAUUCAAAGUUCGCGAGAUGGAGCAACAGGUUGAGAUUCUCAAGCUGGAAAAGGAUUUGGGUGCGGCACGGCGAAGGUUGGGAGAGAUGCGCAGAGCAGGAUAUCAUCAGGAAACGGAUUGA